AUGCCGUCCCGGACAGAUCGUCGCGACGGAAUGAUGCUCGGCGCGGCCCUUUCGGGCCUUGAAAUCAACUUUAUCGACGGCGUAAGAGGCGGAGACGUCCACGAAAAGGCAAUCCCGGUGCCCGAGGAUCGGAAUAACCACCUCAAUGGUCCCGGCCUGGGCUCUUGGCGGGCUCAUAUGAACGCCAUUCACGACGUCGUACGAAGAAACUUGUCGUCAGCGCUGAUUAUGGAAGACGACGUCGACUGGGAUGUCAGGAUUCGCCAACAGCUUCAUGACUUUGCUGUUUCGAGCCGAGCUCUCACCCAGCCCCUGAGCCGCGAGCCUGGCAAAUACGCCGAUCCCACAUAUCCCAACCCAGUCGAGGGUUCGCCAAGGAAGUUGCCUGACAUGAACUUCUAUAGUCUUCCCGACACCGUCCGGCCUCUGGUGUCCCCGUAUGGAGAUAACUGGGACGUCCUUUGGCUCGGGCACUGCGGCAUGCAUUUUGUGUUUGGACACAGCAAUCUUAUAGCCAAGGGCCGCGUGGUCAAGGAGAAUGACGUUUCCGUCCCACCCAAGAAGAACCUCUGGUCCAUCAACAAGCCUUUCUCACUAGUGGAGGAGUAUCCGGCACAUACACGAGUUGUCCACCACGCGCAAGAGGGUGUCUGCAGCCUCGCUUACGCGGUCAGUCAGCGGGGCGCCCAAAAGAUGCUCCGUGAGAUCGCUCUCAAGCCGGUGACGGAUGCGUUUGACAUUCUGCUGCGGUUCUACUGCGAAGGCACGCAUGGCCGAACCAAACAAGAGUGUCUGAGCAUCAACCCAAGUCUGUUUUCCCACCAUCGGCCAGCUGGGCCCAUUGGUGCCUCUAGCGAUAUUGGCAACCACGGCGAGGGGUAUAGACAUGAGGCGUCGACAGAUAUGGUUCGGUUCAGCGUACGACUGAAUGCCGAAGUCAUCCUGAACGGUAGUACCAGUUACAUUGAUCAGUUUCCCGACUCUCCAGAAUGA